AUGGAGGAGCAAGGUGACAGACAGAUCCAGCUUCAGCUGCUCCUCCUCCCUGCGCCUGCAGCUCAAGUCGUCCUCCGUGACGUGCCGGCGGUACCAGCCAGCAGCGCGGUGGAGCACCCGCAGCUGGACCUCGAUCUGUCCAUGAGCAUCGGGCCGAGGCCUCCGGUGGCCCCAACCCCAACACCGGCGCCGCCGCCGCCGCGUGCGCGGUCGCCACCCACGAACGAGGUCAGGAGGGCGCCGGGGAUGAUGGCGGUGCUGGCGACGGCCAGCGCGAGGCUGCAUCAGAAGCAGCAUGCGGCCGCCGACGUGCGCGCCGUGAAGCAGCAGGCCGCGGACCAGGCCCGCAUGGCGUCCGCCGAGCGCGCCUACGCGGAGCGUGUCCGGGAGCUGGCGCGGCGGGAGCUGGAGCUCGCGGAGCGGGAGUUCGCGCGCGCCAGGGCCAUCUGGGAGCGCGCCCGCGAGGAGGUGGAGCGGGUGGAGCGCAUGAAGCAGAUCGCGGCGAGGCGGCUCGUCGGCUCGGCCGCGUCGUCCGCGGCGGCGCUGGAGAUCACCUGCCACGCCUGCAUGCAGCGCUUCCAUCCCUAG